AUGUCAUUGCAGGGUUUCAUCGUUGCCGCCGUGCUGGCUGUUGCCGCCGCCGCCCCAGCGCCGGAGACGCCGGGCUACAAGCCCGCUCCGGUCCCCUACCACCCGGCCCCCUCCUACAAGCCGGCCUCUUACCACCCGGAGCCCCAGUACAAGGAGGAGGUCAAGCCGUUCGCUUACGAGUACGCCGUCAACGACGACUACACCGGUACCAUCUUCGCCAAGAGGGAGGAGAGCGAUGGCCACAACACACAGGGAUAUUACUCGGUGGCUCUGCCCGACGGCCGUAUCCAGCACGUCAACUACGUCGUCGACAACUACGGCGACUACAGCGCUGAGAGCUGCUUGCUCUUCUUCUUACGUUUCAACACCGUCAUCAACACCUUCAUCCUCUGA